CUCUGCAUCCACCUACCUUAAACAGAGAUCAGAGGGACAUGGAGUCCAAAGCUUUCAUUCGCUUCCUGUUUCUUCUUGUAAGUGGCGCUCUGGUUCUUCUCAUCACUCGCACCUGGGUUCAACUCCCUACUCCCUCCGACAAAGCAGAGCUGAUCUCCGGCAACCGAUUCCUGCCCAAAUCCGGUCUCACCAAAGACCAAGAGAGAUGGAACCAAAAACGCAACCACAAAGCCCAAGUCCCUCACCACCCACUCGACCCUCUUACUAUACAAGAAAUGAACAAAGCCCGAACCAUCCUCUCCUCUCACCCAUCCUUCUCCUCUACUCCCUUCACCAUUCACACUCUCGUCCUCGAAGAACCAGAAAAGCCCUUGGUGCUUAAAUGGAAGAAAGGCGAUCCUCUCUUACCCAGAAAAGCUUCGAUUGUGGCGCUCGUCAAAGGCCAAUCCCACCUGCUCACCAUCGAUUUCGGAUCGAGCAAGGUGACCCACAACGAGGUCGUGGCUUCGCCGUCCGGGUACCCCAUGAUGACCAUAGAAGACAUGAAUUCUGCUACCUGGGCUCCACUCUCUGACGCCAAUUUCAACCGCACGAUCCUCGACCGAGGGAUUGAUCUAGCGGACCUCUCUUGCCUACCCAUCUCCACGGGAUGGUUCGGGAAGAAGGAAGAGAAGAGAAGGUUGAUCAAGGUUCAGUGUUACUCGUUGCAGGGAACAGCAAAUUUCUAUAUGAGACCCAUCGAAGGGCUCACAGUACUCCUUGAUAUGGACAGCAAAGAAGUAGUGGAGAUUUCCGAUAAAGGCCGUGAGAUUCCAAUCCCAAAAGCUGCAAAUACCGAUUAUCGCUACGCGGCGCAGAACAAGCGCGUGAAGCUUCUCAACCCAAUAUCGCUAGAGCAGCCGCAAGGGCCAAGCUUUACGGUGGAAAACGAGCACACAGUGAAAUGGGCCAACUGGGAGUUCCACCUGAAACCCGACCCGAGAGCAGGUGUGAUCAUCUCGAGAGCCAUGGUGAGAGAUCCAGAGACGGGGGAGAUGAGAAACGUGAUGUACAAGGGGAUGACGUCGGAGCUGUUCGUGCCUUACAUGGACCCCACCGAUGCUUGGUACUUCAAGACAUACAUGGAUGCCGGGGAGUACGGGUUCGGACUUCAGGCCAUGCCGCUCGAGCCGCUUAACGAUUGUCCACGAAACGCUUAUUACAUGGACGGUGUGUUUGCGGCGGCAGAUGGAAAGCCCUUCGUUCGUUCCAACAUGGUUUGUGUGUUCGAGAGCUAUGCCGGAGAUAUUGGGUGGCGCCAUGCUGAGAGCCCCAUCACCGGCAUGCCGAUAAGGGAAGUGAGGCCAAAGGUGACGUUGGUGGUAAGAAUGGCGGCAUCCGUAGCCAACUACGAUUAUAUCGUGGACUGGGAGUUCCAGACAGAUGGGCUCAUCCGUACCAAGGUUGGGUUGAGUGGUAUCCUAAUGGUGAAGGGUACAACAUACAACAACAUGAACCAGGUACCAGAGGAAGAGGAACUCUACGGCACCCUCUUGUCGGAAAAUGUCAUCGGCGUCAUCCACGACCACUACAUCACAUUCUACCUCGACAUGGAUGUCGAUGGCUCCGAUAAUUCAUUUGUCAAAGUGAAUCUUGCCAAGAAACAGACCUCACCUGGAGAAUCACCUCGGAAGAGCUACUUGAAAGCCACAAGAUAUGUUGCCAAGACAGAGAAGGAUGCACAGAUUAAGCUGAAGCUUUACGACCCAUCAGAGUUCCAUGUUAUCAACCCAAUCAAGAAGACCAGGGUGGGUAACCCAGUUGGAUACAAGGUUGUACCAGCAGGUACAGCUGCAAACUUACUUGAUCACCAAGAUCCUCCACAAAUGCGAGGUGCAUUCACUAACAAUCAGAUAUGGGUCACACCAUAUAACAGAAGUGAGCAAUGGGCAGGUGGGCUUUUUGUGUACCAGAGCCAAGGAGAGGACACCCUUGCUGUGUGGUCUGAGAGGAACCGGGCGAUUGAGAACAAAGAUAUAGUGCUGUGGUACACAUUGGGAUUUCAUCACAUACCUUGCCAGGAGGAUUUCCCCAUCAUGCCGACUGUAUCUUCGCAUUUCGACCUAAAGCCGGUUAAUUUCUUUGAGAGCAAUCCUAUUCUCCAUAUGCCACCAAACGUCGAGAAAGAUCUACCGGUUUGCAGGGGAGUUGCUUCAGCUCGAUAAACUCUUGGCCUAAAAUAUCAGCAUGACAUGAAUAUAUGUGUAUGGUGCAACUAUAUAUAUAUGAAAGAGGGUCUAGUUCCCCAAACAAUAAAACAGGAACAAGAAGGGAGAGA